AUGAUCGCCAUCAAGGGUGCUCGCGCACAAGCCAACAACCGUCUCCUCGAGUACUUUGAAGAUUUGUUUUCCCACCACGCUCGAGGCUGCCCCAACACCUCGGAGCUGGCCUUUGGCAGCCGAAGAAUCAUCUUCACGAAGGAGCCUGACCACAUCAAAACGCUGCUCACCAGCAAGUUUUCGCAGUACGGUAAAGGACCCGUCUUUCACGACACAUGGCGGCCAUUCCUCGGCGACAGCAUAUUCACGACGGAUGGGCAGCUGUGGCACAACAGUCGAGCGCUGAUUCGGCCCAUGUUCACCAAGGAGCGGAUCCGCGAUCUGAACAUCUUUGAACGAUGGACGGAUUGUCUCGUGUCCAAACUGCCAACUGCCGGUCAGACUGUGGAUGUUUGCGACCUCUUCUAUCGAAUGACGCUGGAUGUCACGACGGACUUUUUGCUAGGGCAGAGCGUCGGGGCUCUUGACAACGUCCAUGGCGAGUUCUCUUCGGUCUUUAUGGAAGUGCAGCGGAUGCAAAUGAUUCUCACCAUACUGUCUCCCAUCCAGAGGAUUCUCCCGAAGAGAAAGUACAGCGAGGGCAUCCGGUUCAUCGAGCAGUUCAUCGAGCCCUUCAUCGAGGCGACGCUGCGACUAACCCCCGGCCAGCUGGAGGACCUUUCCAAGUCGGACAAGGAAUUCACCUUCCUGCACAACAUUGCACUGUUUUCUCGCGACCGCAAGGUCAUCCGGGACCAGAUCAUUGCCGUGCUCCUCGCCGGGCGGGACACGACGGCAUCGACGCUGUCUUGGACCGUAUACGAGCUGUCCGGCCAUCCGGCCAUCUGGCAGAAGCUUCGCUCCCAGGUCCUCGAGCUCAUCGGCCCGGACCGAUCGCCGUCGUACGAGGAUCUCAAAGGGCUGACCUAUAUUACUCACUCGCUGAACGAGACGCUGCGACUGUACCCCGCGGUUCCCUACAACGUGAGAGCGUGCGUGGAAGAUUCGACGUUGCCGGGCCAGGCGGGGCAGCCAGACAUCACGACGCUGUCGGGCGACAUCAUCUUCUACAGCACAAUAUCCAUGCAGCGGCGUCGUGACCUGUACCCCGCCGCGUCGGACGAGUUUGCCGAUCCGGCCGUGUACAGCCCCGAGCGGUGGGAGCGUUGGACACCACGGCCGUGGCAGUACGUGCCGUUCAACGGCGGACCCCGGAUCUGCAUCGGACAGAACUUUGCCAUGACGGAGAUGGCCUAUACACUCGUCCGGUUGCUGCAAAAGUUCGAAAGAGUCGAGUACCGGGGAGACCGGGGUGCCCAAUAUCACAAGGCGGACAUUGUGGGCUGUCCGGGCGACGGUGUGCCGGUUGCUUUCUACGAGGCUGAGGGCGAUUGGAUGACCAAAGUGUAG